CACAACCACCACCACCACCACCACCACCACCCUCCUCCACCACCUCCUUCUUCUCUCCUCUUCCUCCUCUUCUUCCACCGUGUGUUCUCGACGCGGCUGCGACGACUACGUCUACGAUGACGGCCGAAGCUUCCGUGGCUUCGCCGACGGCGAUGAUGGCGGUGUCUUCGUCCUCCUUUUCACUUGGACGACGGGCCCACCUCCGAACGUUUUUAACGUUCUGCCGCACCGUUAAAACGUCAAACUUUAUCACGAAAACAUGAUAUCUCUCGGGGCGAGCACGAUGGAAGGGACGGGUGAGAGAGAGGAACCGAGACCACCACCGCUCUCUUCUUUGCUAGCGACACUCGAUGACGUCAUCGCAAGCGGCCCAAGAUGGUGUCCCCGCGACGGCGCGGCCAGCUUCGUCUCCUCUCUCUUACUCCUAUUCCUACUCCUAUUUAACCUUCCUCUCUCUCUUUCUCUCUCUCUCUCUCUCUCUCUCUCUCUCUCUCUCUCUCUCUAUUUCUCUUUCUCUCUCUCUCUUUCUUAGCUUCAACGUUUUUUGCUUUCGUUUCGAUAUCUUGUUCAAAUCCGCGAAAACAAAUGACAAACGCGAUUCAAAUUUUGUAAAAUAGUUCUUAUUAAUCCUUUUCAACGUUUUUAUCUUUCUAACCUUAUCCUUUCGUUUAGAAACGAGAGAGAAAGAGAGAAAGAGAAAAGAGCUCGCAACGCCACGAAAUUCGGAACGAAACUGAAUAGUUUUCUACGAGUUUUUAAUCCUCAAUAAUUCCUUCACUGUGAUUAUUAAAAUUAAUAGUACGAAAGUUUUCGUCCGAGGAAAUAUCGUGUACGUGAAAUGUGUUGUUUGAAUUUUCUUUUUUAAUUUUCUUUGUUUACUGUCAUAACCUUUAAUGCGUAUUGAUGGUUUAACUUUCUAUAUUAAGAAUUAUAGAGAAAGAUGCCAUCCAUUCCUUACGUGUCCAGGGUAAAUCAGCUCGAUGCAGCGUCACUAGAUGACGAGAUCAAUAAAGUUUUUGAGAAUCAGGUAAAAGAAAUUUUUAAAUUCUGUCCGCCUGGUAAAGUAGACAAAUGGCAACCAGAGAUCAAAGCUCUUCUGAAAAUUCUUAUAUGGAAUUUUUCGUUAAGACACAAGAGUCAUACGUUUGGACAACAGAUGCUUGAUCUUCGUUACGACAACUUAAACAAGAUCAAAUCCAUUUUGUACUUAGCUUUGAAAUUCUUGCCAAGUUAUAUUAAAGAUAGAGUAAUCGAUAAUGGUAUGAUAUCAAAACUCAAAAGAACAAGCAAGUUGAAGAUUUAUGUAAAGUGGAUAAUCAGUUUUGUACAUUUGUUGGAAUUGAUAAAUUUGGUUAGUUUUUUACAUCGUGGAACUCAACCUCUUUUGAUAGAAAGAUUAUUAAACAUUUCCAGUGUUUCUGUGAAUCGAUAUAAGCAAAGAACUAUUGGAUAUUCUUACAUGACUAGAGAACUUCUUUGGCACGGUUUAAUGGAAUUAUUUACAUUAGGAAUACCUAUGUUAAACUAUCAUUAUUUAAAACAAAAGAUAAGAAGGUUUUGGUAUCAUAAUAAACAAAAUGGAAUUAAACGAUCAUUUCCAAUUAUGAAUGAAUCUACUGUUUGUGCUUAUUGCAAGGAGAAACCUAUCUUACCAACGCACGCUGGUUGCGAACACGUUUUCUGUUAUUAUUGCUUGGGUGCAAAUUUUACUGCGAUGAAGAUAUUCCUUUGUCCAGAGUGCGAUACCGAAUUACACGACUGUGAUAUGAAAAAUUAUGUCGCCAUUCCGGGUCCUACAGUCAAGAAUGACGAUUUGCAGUGAUUCUUCCAGAAACUAGUGUACGAUACUAUGUAUAUGAAUUUUUGUAUAUAUUAAGAAUGUUCACCAUCUUUCGUUCGUAGUAUAUGCGAUGUCAGAGACACCUAUGAACAAAAUACGAACUACGAAAACAACCGGGAAACUGUCCCCACUAUUCGACUAUUGUAUCGAAUAGCAAGUAUCUAGAUACGUAAUUUAGAAAUUGUUGGUUUGAGGUUGGUGGAAUCUUUUGUAUUUCCUUUUAUUAAAUAUAUAUAAUCAAUUCAUUCGAUCUAUCGCGUGUAUAUACAAUAAAUUAUUUUUACAAAAAUCAUCCAACAAUCCGCUUCCACGAAUUCAAACAAUUAGAGUUUAUAACGAAUAUCCUCGAGAUAGUACUUUUCUGUUUAAUCACCCUUGGCGAAAAGUUUUUAUUUUACCAAAGAUCGGUGAGAUAGAUUCCUGUUUUAUCAAAAAUCGUAGCAGCAACACAAUAUAGACAAUUAAAAUAAUUA